GUCGAAUUCCCGUUCAUUCAUAAUAAAGCCUUUGGUGACGUCACCCACGUCAUGUAUAGGACUGUUAGGGAAUGAUGGCGUCUCCGCGACCAAAGUCUCCGCGACCACCCAUAUCUACGAAAAAGGAUGAAAAAGAAGAGAGUUUUUGGGAUAAAAUUGGCACAUUGGGGCGAAAGAAACGUAUUAAAGAAGUGCAAGAAGUACAGGAAGAAGGAAAAUAUGCAAUUGAUUCACCGGGAUAUGCUGCUAAUCCAGAAAUGCCUCCGGAAGAAUACGCGUUAGAUGAAAACGAAGAACGUUCCAUGAUAGAGCCUAGAUCUUUAGAAGAUUCUAAACUUAAAGAGCUUAUAUUUGUUUUGAUAGAAUGGAUUAACGACGAAUUAGCCGAUCAACGCAUUAUUGUAAAAGAUAUUGCGGAGGAUUUGUACGAUGGACAGGUACUGCAGAAGCUUUUAGAAAAGCUAACAGGAGAGAAAUUGGAUGUACCGGAAGUAACGCAGUCGGAAGAAGGACAGAAACAAAAGUUGGCUGUUGUUUUAUCAACUGCUAAUCGUGUACUUUGUCAUUAUCCCCCUUAUAAAUGGAGCGUAGAAUUGGUUCAUUCGAAGAAUAUCGUUGCUAUUUUACAUUUAUUGGUUGGUUUGGCAAGACAGUUUCGCGCACCUGUUAGAUUACCAGAAAGAGUUGCCGCUCAAGUUGUAGUCGUGCGUAAAAAAGAUGGUCAAUUGAUACACAAAACGGUCAGAGAAGAAAUUACGUCAACGUACGACGAUCUAGGAAUGCGUUGCGAACGCGAUGCUUUCGACUCUCUGUUCGAUGAUGGGCCCGAUAAAUUAGCGGUUGUUAAAAGAUCGCUAAUUACUUUUGUUAACAAGCAUUUAAGUAAAGUACAUUUGGAGGUAACGGACUUGGACACCCAGUUCCACGAUGGUGUUUUUUUAACGCUUCUACUGGGACUUCUCGAAGGCUUUUUCGUGCCUUUAGGUAGUUUUCAUUUGACACCUAAGACACACGAUCAGAAGGUGCAUAACGUAUCAUUCGCGUUCGAUAUCAUGCAAGAUAUUGGAUUACCAAAACCUAAAGCUAGGCCAGAAGAUAUCGUAAACUUGGAUCUAAAGUCUACUCUACGUGUGUUGUACAAUUUAUUUACAAAAUACAAGAGCAUGAAUUGAAAUUGAUGAAAUUGACAAGCAUUUCGAAAAAGCAACGCAUUAACGCAUUAACGCACUAACGCAUUAACACAUUAACGCACUAACCAGAAAAAAGAACGUAAGUUUCGCAUCGAAAAGAAAUUCAGUGCCUUUUAGAAUUAUUAUUAAUGUUAUAUGCUCGCAGUGUGUGAUCAAGGAAAAAGGAACGAGGAAGAGCCGAGUGAAGAAAGAAUGGUAAAAUGGAUACGUAUAAAAUUUUCCGAGAAACAAUGUAAUUUUUACAACGCUGUUAUUUGAAUCAAGAUAUAUAGAAUUUUGUACAUUGUCGAUAAACUUGACAAGUUGAAGAAAUAUAAUAUUUGAUACUUGA